CACCCAUAAAUUCGCAAUGCAGUUUUGCUUCUUCCCUCUGAUCAGUCCUCUGUACUCCCCUCUCCCUCCCUUUCUCUCCCUCUGUCUCCCCUGAGUUAACAAUAUAAGAGCAGCUCUACAUUUCUCAUAUUGUCGUGCACGGUUCUUGGGAUUGUUCCCUCUUUUUCUUUAGUGAUUUUUCGUGUUUUGGGUUGAUCAGAGCAAAUGGGUAUUUUCUCAUUAGUGACAGGAAGGCCAGGCCCUAGUGGGUUUGGAUCAGCUACCACUGCAGAGCAGGUCACUGAAGGCAUUGAUGCAAGCGACGUCACCGCUAUAGUCACGGGAGGAGGAAGUGGCAUCGGAUUCGAGACGGCGAGGGUCCUCGCCUUGCGCAGAGCGCAUGUCAUAAUCGCUGCAAGAAACAUGGAUGCCGCAAAUGAAGCGAAACGGCUGAUUCUGAACGAUGAUGGAGAUGCUCGCGUGGAUGUCCUCAAAUUGGACCUUUGCUCCAUGAAGUCCAUCAGAGCAUUUGUCAACGAUUUCAUUGCUCUUGAUCUUCCCCUCAACAUCUUGAUCAACAAUGCUGGGAUUAUGUUCUGCCCUUAUCAGCUCUCGGAAGAUGGGUUCGAAGUGCAAUUCGCCACCAAUCAUCUUGGACAUUUUCUGCUGACAAACCUCCUCCUGGACAAAAUGAAAGCCACCGCAAGAGUUUCCGGCAUCGAGGGACGCAUUGUGAAUCUGUCCUCCAUAGCUCAUCUGCACACUUACAAGGAAGGAAUUAGAUUCGAUGACAUCAAUGAUCAGCUCGGUUAUUCUGACAAGAAGGCAUAUGGUCAGUCCAAAUUAGCAAACAUACUUCAUGCCAGCGAGCUCUCUCGCCGCUUGCAGCAAGAGGGAGCAAAUAUUACAGUCAACUCGGUGCAUCCCGGGCUGAUCAUGACAAAUCUCAUGAGACAUUCUUUCAUCUCGAUGAGAAUCAUGAAGAUGCUCACUUAUCUGCUAUGGAAGAAUGUCCCACAGGGAGCAGCCACGACUUGCUACGUCGCACUCCAUCCGAGCCUCAAAGGCGUAACGGGGAAAUACUUCCUUGAUUGCAACGAGAUGGAGCCGAGUGCCCUCGCACGGGACGAGCGUCUUGCCAAGAAACUGUGGGAUUUCAGCAACGAGUUGGUAGAUUCGGCUUCCAAGGACUGACAUAAAAACCAGAUUCUCCUUUAUAAACAAAGCUUGAACUAAAAAUACAUGAAGUAAUAUAGAUCCCACUUUCCAAAGAUUGGUGCUGUUUUUUGCUUGUACUUGGUGAUGUUGCUUCUAACAUCUACUAGAGCAUUUAUAUCUGCAGUACAUCUCAAUGAAUUCAAAUGGUUUCGCCUCCCAUUUUAUUA